AUGGGGCAAUACCUUUGGGCAGCCGCUCGCAAAGCCAUUCCCGCUUUUUGGCGUGAUCAGUCCAAAGGCGAGCCGAAAGAUCUACCCUCACCAGUGUCACCUACCUCUCCCGAGUCACCUCCUCCACCCAAGAGAAUGAAUCCGCCAAAGCCGAUCUGGAUUGAUCCUGAGAUGCGCAAAGCUGAAGAGGAGGCGGCUGCUGCAAUGGCGAAACGCUCCCACAGUAUAGCCAUGUCACAGCCAAUACCGCAAGUCCAGACAUUGUCCGACGAAGACGAGGAGGACCGAAGAGCUAUUGAAGACAUCGUCAAUCCAGCAACACGAAUAGCUGCAGUGGCCACCUUGCAAGGCUUUGCUCAACGACGUGCAUCAAGGCAGGCCACAGCCAUCGCCCGAGAUAUCAGUCGUCGACUUGAACAAGGUAAUUACCAACCUCGGAAGAUUGACGAUGAUGAGCGUACUCUGGUCGAUGAGGUGGACUGGGCGGAUCCUAUCCAGGUGGCAGCCCGCAAAGCAAGCUGGCAGGAGUUCAGCAUAUCGAACAUCUGUGGCCCCAAGGAUAUCGGAGACAAGCGUCAAAGUGGACAGAAAUUACAAGUCGACGCGGUCGAUAGCCAAGCUCAACAGGCCAAGCGCAAUACCGAGCGCAUAGCCCAACUGCCAUUCGGUCACCCCUAUGCUGAUCUGACUGAGGCUCUGCGGCAGCAGAGCGCUCCGGAAAUCGGCCCUCGACCACCAACUGAUGCCGAGCGUAGACAGACAGGAAGACGUCGGGCUUCAGAUGUGCUUUCGAGCUUCCUCCCACCACCCCCUCCAAUCCACGACUUCCCUGCCAUCGGCCGACGCAGAUGGAGCAACAACGAUGAUAUCCCCUUCCGGGCAACAUGGAGGUCGACCACAAGACAGCCUCUUCUUUUACCUGACGUACUGGAGAAGAAUGGUUUGAGUGUUCAAUCAAACCACCGUGCACUCCUACCCAAGUCCGCCGGCAAGCUUCCAGGUACGACAGAGAGACUGCGUCCUGGUCCUUCUCGAAGACAGAGUCGUACACCCCUGCCAUACCGACAUAGCCACAACCCCGUCACCAAAACGCACAAGGAAGAGAUGUUCAUCAUCACGACUCGCGAGAUCUGGAGGCAUGUAAGGCGUGCAAGUGCUCCUGAACCGUUCCAUCUUGAUCAUCCUACCCGACACGUUGAUGAUCCAGAAGAAGGUACCCGUCGUGGUAUUCCUGUCGCGCUGAAAUUGCCUUUGAGUGCACAUGAGCGUUGUCAGCUGCUUGUGACACUCAGCAAUUUGGAUCAACAUCUAAAGAUCCACAUGUACCGCGGUUGCGCUCCUGUCUUCCCUACUCUUUUCAACCAGAAUCGACGGCGAAGUAGACGGAUCACGGAUGCAGCAGUCACCACAUACGACGACUUCCCGAAUGUCCUGGAUUCUGGGAGGGAUUUGAGGAGGCGAGUAUUUGAAAGGUACCUGUCUCGAUUUGCCGAACCACAGUUCAACCUCUUGCGGAGAUUCCGGAACCCGGAGGAUGAUCCAAGAGGACACAUUGGCUCAUGGGAGCACAAGGAGCCUCCCCCCGACAACGACCCACCCCUCGCGAGGUCAUGGCGUGACAUGCAAGGCGAUCUUGCCGAGAGGGAAGCCAUCGAUGGAAGAAGGCGGGUUCUUGGGGAUUUGCCGAGGUAUUCGAGCGGUACCGAUCGAGGGAGAGGAACUUAUGGUGGUUAUAGCCCUGAAACCGGCAGGAAGGCUAAGACGGUUGUCACCGCUGCAAAGCGAAGGCUAUACUCAAUAACCAAGCUCUUUGAGCCGGGCGAAGACGCGGGUGAACCAUCUGAGCGCCGACCCUCAGUAAGCGGCAUCGCCAAGCUUUUUCGUCGUGGCUCGAUCGAUACCAAACGGCAACAGAAGCGCCCUCGAGUGGAUGAGCAUUACAUCGGGACGUACCAAAUGUUGAAGAAAGAUGGCAUGGUGGCCUGCAACAAUCAAGGCAACGAUGAACACUUCGGCUUCCGAAUGCCUAGAUAUGACGCUGCCGCAACAGAGCAGGCUAUUGAAGAGGAGUGCGAGCCCGGUGUGGCGGUCUCUGACAGGACCAACGAGCGACAGUCACGGCAACAAAACUUACAUGAGUCGACUGCAGCCCAAACGGGAGGCGAGGAGAGUGCUGUUGCAGAUGACGACUAG